UUAAAUAACAUAAUAGAGAAUUUAAAAUGCCACGGGGAUCUUGCGGUAAAUGCAGUCGUGCACGGGACUGGCUCUAAGAUCUAUUUAAUAUCCCACUCGGUAUGUAUGGAUGAGAAGCUGUUGGGCUUCUUGGAAAGCUUUUCUCCACUGCUACAAUGGCGGCUUCACUCUCUUUGGCUGCCUCGUCCCUGUCAAACCUCCAUUCACCAAAAAUUUCAACCGCAUUCGUUUCCACAGCUAAAUUCCUCAGUGUUGGAACGUCAUCACGUUCCGGGUUCGAUUUCCCCAUUCUCAAGAAAUCAAUGGUUGUCCUUUGCAGCGGAAACAACAAUAACACUCCUUCUGUGCCUGCAGCAGACCGAUUGAUUGCAGCAGUUGGGUAUUUUCUCCCCUUCUUCGACGGAGUUCAAUACGGCCGCUUUUUCUUGACGGAAUUUCCUUCGGCACAGCUGCUGCUCGAACCCCUUUUACCGGCCAUAAGAGCAUACCGGAGUUUUCCCUUUGCAAGCAUUCUGGUAUUUUUCGUCUUCUACUUUUCUGUCGUAAGAAACCCCAAUUUAAGUCGUUAUGUGAGGUUUAAUGUUAUGCAAGCAAUUGUGCUUGAUGUUAUCCUCAUUUUUCCUGAAUUGGUGGACCGGAGCUUUGGGUUUGAUGGAGGGCUUGGCCUAAGCCUGUUGAUUAGUUUUGAUAAUACUGUCUUCCUUUUCCUGCUAACUUGCCUUGUCUAUGGUUCGAGUUCUUGCCUUCUGGGUCAGGCUCCUAGAUUGCCCCUCGUUGCAGAUGCAGCAGAUUCACAGGUGCUCUGAAAAUAUAUCGUAAUAUAUGCGAGUUGAUACCAAAUUGGAGAUAUGUACUAAGAAAUUAUUGAUUUAGAGACUACAAUGUUUACCAAGUCUGUAGCACCUUCCUAACUAAGUGUUACCAACGUAGGUGGAUUCUAUGGUCAACAAUUUGUACUUAACCUUUCCCAAUGUGUAAUGAUAAUUUUUUCAGGGAUCCUAAAUGUUUUCCAGUUUAGCAGAUCGUGCUACAAAGCUGUUAUUAACUCAUCUUCUGAAAAAGAGUGGACUUUGAAUUGGGAUUCUUGCAUUAAAAUCAGAUGACAAGCUCCUGGACUCCAAGCAUUAAUGUAAAAACAUUCAAAGACCAAGUUUGACUAAUGAGGUAAAAAGUAACAAGGAAGAUAAUCUGCAAAUGUAUCACAGGUUAACAUCUAUUUUUAGGAUGUACUUAGCCAUGUAUUGAAAUAGCUAAUUGAAGAGCCCAACUCUAGCUUGCUUUCCAUUAAAUGGUUUGUAUUUCUUUGACACA